AUGCCAGCUUACACACUGGAUGUGUAUUAUUGGUUAUUUCUGCAGGUUGGCAAUCUUUUUGGUGACUACCGCUCAACAAUAAUAACGCUACAUGCAGGCGCUGUUGGUUCGUCUGCAUUGAUGAUGCUACUUGUACAGAUUGCUUACACCGGCGGUAUAUCAAUGAUGGCUUGCUUCUGUUUUCUAGCAGGUGUAGCUGUGUUAUUUAACAUCAACACAUUCGUUUUACUACCAAAAUACAAGAUUCCUUGGCCGCUGCCAUCCAAUUGGGGAAAGGCAUUUGCGGUAGAAUCUCAGUGUGGUAGGCCUACUGAAGACGUAGACGUAAAUGAAAUGACUGGGUUGAAUGGAUUUUCGUCGGCAGAUGAUGUGUUUAAAAAGACACAUUACGUGGAUGUUGAAUACCAGACUCUUCUUAGCUGUCUCAAAUCUCCAAUGUUUCUGUUGUUUUUGAUGUGGUUUUCAAUUCUCCAACUUACAAAUCUGUUUUUCAUUGGCACUGUUAAUCCUCGAUUACAACAACUUUCAAAUGAUGACAAUGAUAUAAUUUCUACGUAUACAACAGUUUACACUGCUUUACAUUCUACUAUCAUCGUACUGUCUUUCUUUUGUGGUCUUGUUCUUGAUAGAAAUAAGAAGAAAAUUACAAAUGAUGGAAGAGGCUCUGUUCAACGAACGUCCAUUGAUGAUCUCCAUGACUGUGUACUAGCGCUUCUUCUAACUAACUUGAUGACGGCAGGCUUCAACAUUUGCACGAUGAUACCAAUUUUACCGGUCCAAUUCUUGACAUUUGUUCUACAAUUAACAGGCCGUGCAUUUCUCUUUUCAAUUCUAGUGGCUUUCCUUACAAUGGCGUAA